GGGAUCCAAGACGUGGCGGCUCGGCGCUUUCCCGAACAUCACUAACGCGUUCCAGCCCUUCUCGUUUGGGGACGCCGAGAUCCCGAGAGCACCCGCAUUUCUGGCGGCCAGAGCACGAGGAGACCGUGCACCCUGGCUCGUGCGUCGUCUUCCCCAUGGGCUACAUCCAUGAGACCUACGUAGCUGAGGGGAAGGCUGGAGCCGAUGGAUGCAGUGUUGCAAGCACUUUCCAGUUUCAGGACCCUCAGCCAAUCUAUCAGUGGAAGAACUUUCUACAAAGAUGGGGGCUGUCGCACUACACGCGAGAGGAACCGUGCCUGAAAAGGAUGCAGCCGUACGUGUUCCUCGGCGAGCCGUGGGCUGUCGGAUUGCGGGGCGAGGCAGCGCAGAAGGAGAUCAGGAAGAGGUUCCAGCAGGUGGACAAGAAUCGCGACGAUAGCCUCUCGCUUGACGAGCUCCUCGUCGUUUACCGCGUGUUGUACGCCCGUUGGCGGAUGCCCUGGCAGACCCCCGUGACGAAGGCUGAGGCGUCGAAGGCGAGAGAGGAGAAGCAGAAGUGGAUGGCGGAGGACGCCCUGCUCUUCCACGACGACAACCGAGACGGCGGCAUAUGCUACGAGGAGUUCGAGCAGACGAUCUUGAAGUUCGAUGCCGUGAGACAACGAGCAAAAGACAUAAAGGACUUGCAGAGGAAGCCUCAGGAGUUGUUCAAGCGAGAGAAAUAUUGGAUUAGGCAGCACAUGUGCACAGACAGCGAUUGCGAGACGCUCAAGCAGUUGGACAAGGACUACGCUCCGAUCGAGCAGCGACUGGCGG